CAGCCGCAGAGGCCUGGAGGCGCAAAGCCGUGCAAACGGGGCACACUAAGCAGUGGCAGCUCUUGGUUAACGCCAGGGCUAACGACAGAGCUCGCCUGCCCAGCGUCAGGCGCCCAGGAGCAGCUGUACCGCAGCAGCGCCAUGGCGAACCCGACGCCCGCCCAGCUCGAAGCAAGGCUGAAAUACUUCGUGCCCAGACUCAACGCCAGCGUCGCGCGAUUAGAAAAGCACGCGGCGGCGCUCGCGGCCGCGACGGUCCGGCCGCUGCCCAAAAAACGCUGGUUCGCCGCGUUACUAAGAGCGCGCGACGCCCUGGAAUACCACGCGAACGGCGAUCUAAGGGGUUUGGUUGUGGACGCGAGCCGCUUCCCCUACGCGCGGAAACGGUUGGUCGUGGCCCGCUACUACAAGGAGGGGAAAAGGUACAGCGGCGAGGCCGAGGACGACGCGAACGAGGCCCAGCGGAGGUUAGAUGAGGUAGACAGCGAGCGGGGCGAACGCUUCGCAUUGCAGCUCGACGCCAUCGAACAAAGAAAGACGUCCUGCGCGGACGCUCUCAAAAGAUCGACAACUGAAGCGCUGGAGAUCUUGGGAAGGGACAGCGCUCUAUCUCUAGAAUACCCGCGCGAGGAAUUGAGGCACGGCUCUACCAAACUGAAACGCGGCGACGACCUGACGGGCCCCGAGGAGUUUUCCCAACCUCCAGUCAAGCGAGGAAAUUCCUCGACCGCCCCCGUCAAGCGAGGUCGCCUGCGGCGGAACGUCGCCGCGAGCGACUCGAGUGACGACGAGGAGGGCAUCGACGCCGUCAAACGAAAAACGGGCCACGACCCCGAUCAAUUAGCCAAGGGCUCGGAGGAGAUGUUCGCGGAGCAUACCGAGGGCGAGGUUGUUAACGACGAGAGUAGUAAGGAAGUUGUGGACCUAUCAAAGCUCGAGGAGAACGAGGACUGGGAGGCGCUCGUGAAGGCGGCGCGAAAGCAAUUGAGUGAUGACCCGAUCAAUUGCGGACGAGCGUUGGGACGGGCCCUGUCGAACUUAGAACGGGACGAGGAGGCGUUGGCGGCCUUCUCCAGUGCCUUCGAGGCGGCUCGAGAUUAUCCUGACGAUAUCGAGCGAGUGCACAUCGACCGCGGCCGGCACUGGCUAGAUCGAGCAAUUGCGGAAGAAGACCAACUAAAACAGAAGCACCUGGCGAAUGAAGCAUUGGGCGACUUUGAAAGGGCCGCGACGCUCGGCGCGCUCCAUAUGAACGAAGGCGGCGAGUGGCCGGACGCGUUUGCAAGGGCUAGGUACAACGCGGGCUUGGCGUUCGAGCUGGCGGGGAACAAGGAGGAUGCGGCGUGCUCAUUUGAGACGGCAGCCCAGGGUUUCCUGCGAUUGCUGGACGAAGAAAGGACCGACGCUGAUCUGCUGAAGGAGAUGCGGGGGCGGGCAUUGGUCUACGCCGGCCUUUGUAGGAUGGAGAAGCAUGCGAACGUAGCUGCGGUCCUGUAUGAACGAGCGGUCCUAUGUCUGAACGACGUCGCGGCGAAGUGCCCGGGCGUUUUAUUGGAUGCUCUACGCGGUUGCGUUUUUGCGAGGAGGCAGUCGGGUGAUACUGAGGGAGCGAAGGCCGCUUCCCGCAAUUACGCGGCGGCGGGCGGCGACUUGGAUGAUAUCGAUGAAGAGAGCGAUGACGAUUCUGUGGUUGAUUUGACCGAAUUCGAGGUCAAGGCGGAAAGCUUGGAGAGUAUUGACGACGACGAUUUGUAUAACGAGAUGUCGCAAGAAGAACCCCUGGAAUGUUUGAGUGGUGGGUUUGCGCUGAAGGGCCCUUUACAAUAUGAUGAGCGGGAGCCGGAGGCGCCGGGCGACGCGAUUCGGCGGCGCUUCGUGCACCUGGCCAUCCCGACGGGCGUCUCGGUGGUGCGCGGCGACGGGCGGCCGGCGAAGCGGCGGCGCGGGGCUGGUCGUGGUGGUGGGGGCGGCCUCGGAGGCGCUCCUGCUGGCGGCGGUACAGGGGGCCCCGGCCGCGGUGCCGGGGGCGGCCGCGGCGGCAUUGGCGGGGCUGGCGCCAAGCGGGCAGGCGGCACGGGCGGGCCCGGCGCCAAGCGGCUUCGAGGCGACAACUACGGCUUUGCGCAGCGGCGGCCGUCCGCGGCGCCGACGAAGGGGCGCCGCCGGCGGCCGGGCGCCGCGCCGCCGCGAAAACGCCCGGCCGCGGCGGCGCCGCGUACUGGCCGCGGUACUGGCGGUACCGGCGCCGGCCGCGGGCCGCCCGUGCCCGCGGCCCGCGCGGCGCCGCGGACGGACGCCGACGACGAGGCCGAGUUCGAGUUUAGGGAAAGUCCGCCGCCACCGCCGGCGCCGCCGCCCGCCGCGCCGUCGUCGUCGUCGGACGACGAAUCGAGCAGCGACGACAAGCCACUAGAGGAGCUCCGGCCGCGCGCCGCGCCGCGCCGAGCGCCGCGCGCCGCGUCGCCCCGCGGCGUCGACACGAUCGACACGCUCGCGGCCCAGCUGGGCCUCCUCUCCCAUCAAGAGAGAACGGAAAACGGGACGCUGACGCUCGGCGGCGCCGACGCGCGGGCCGUGGCGACCGCGGCGCGGCGUUGUACAUCAACGGCACUGGCGCUGCGCUUCUGCCGGGGCGGCGCGGCGCUCGCGGCGGCCGCGGCCAAGGCAUCAAGAUUAACGUCGCUGUCGCUCAUGGGCUGCGGGCUCGCGCUCGACGAGCUGGCGCCGCUCGAGGGGCGGCUACCCCACCUGACGCGCGUGGACCUGAGCGCGAACCUGCUGGGGCGGCGGUCCCCAUCGGCGCAGGCGCGGAGCGCGGGCGCGCGCGCACUUGAAGAUCUGGCCUUCCGCUGCGACGCCGUCGACAUGGCGCAGGUGUGCGUUGAGCCCCAGAGCCGCGCCUAUCCUUUUGAUGGAGGCGACGCCGUCGCCGCGGCCCUGGCGCGGGGCCUCCGGAAGCGGAACGCGCCGCCCUCGCGAAUUAUGAUACAGGACAACGCAUUCACGGCGGGCGCCUGGCGCGAGGUCCUGUCCGCGCUGGCGCUGCGGCCGCCGUCUGAUACCCUGGACGUGUCGCGGCCGGCCGUGCUCGGUUCCGCGUCCGAGGCGACGUGGGCGCGCGACCUCUCGGGCGCGGUCCGGAGCGCCUCCACCAUUAUACUGGACGACGCCGACGUGCUGGCGCUGCACGCCGGCCGGCCCGCCGCGCGCGGCGUGAUCGAGAUGCUCUCCGUCACGGGGCGGACGGCGGCGACGGAGCUCGCGACGGUGCUGGCUGGGCGCGUGGUCUCGGCCGAGAUCGAGCGCGUCGCGCCGCACGCGAUCCUCACGGAAUUGGAGCGCUCCGACGUGUUGAAGCACCUGUCCGCGCGGGGCUGUCGCCUCGACGCGCGGCGCGUCGCGGCGCUGCUCUGCGCGCCGGCGCUCGAGUUGCUCGACGCGGCGGGCAACGACGCGGCUGGUGACGCUACGAUCGACCUCGGCGCCUGCCUCAGGAACCCGCGCCUGCGGCGCGUCGACUUGUCGGGGAACGGCUUCGAUGAUGGACAGCGCGCACGGCUCGCGGCGGCGUUCGGCUGUGCCCCGGGCAGAGUUUUGUUAUUGUCCUAAUUA